AUUCAGGCUGCAGCACAGCGGCCGCAUUCAAACACCAUCAUCAUCAUCAUCACACCACUCUCAUCAAACAUUCAUUUAAAGCUCAGCUAACUUCCUCUGAAGAAACGCAGCACUGUAAAAACACCAAAAUAAUAAUGAAUAAACAGAGGUCAAAGGUCAUCAACUCAGUUUAAUUCGAGGUGAUGAAGCUGCUUUCUGAAGAAAAACCGAGUUCAAUGAACAGUCAGUUAGUGAGUGAUGUCAUCGCUCUGCGAGCUGUUGAUCGGUCCACAGACAGCAGGUGAGCGGGCUGACAGAAGAACAAGUUUGUUUUUAGACUCCGGACAACUGAACGUGACGUCAUCAUGGAUCUGGACAGCAUCGAAGGACUGAAUGAAAUCCGUCCUUCGGUCUACAGAGUCGCCAUGAAGCUUCUGUCUCUGCAGAGACUCUGUCACAUGGACGUGGUGUCUUUUCGACACAUCACUGCAGCCCUCCACUCAAUAGGCGAAGCUAUGCUGCAGCAGGAAGUAGGGUUAAACAGACAGGAAGUGACCAGGACCCUGAACAGGAUGUUCCACAGCGUGUCACAGGAAGUGCCGGGUCAUGUGACUGUGGAAGCUCCAGAGGAGCUCUGCAGUCUGAUGUUCAGGCUCAACGACCGGAGUCAGUCUGGUUUCAUAUCAACUGUUUCUCUUCAAACUUCUCUCAUCGCUCUGUCAGCUGAAACUCUGCUGGUUAAAUACAGAGCUCUGGUGAAGCUCUCAGAGAACAGUUCAGGAUCAGUCAGCAGAUCUGGACUCAGAUCUUUGCUGCAGGACCUCAGCCAGGUUCCUGUGGCGGUGCAGGAGGACGGAGUGUUCGGAGGUGUGGAGGCUGCAGUGAGGUCGUGUUUUAAUGGGGUCUUGACCCCGAUGGCAGGUGAAGAACACGUGUUGUCAUGGCUGCAGAGCGAGCCACUCUUGUUGCUAUGGUUACCCACUCUGUACCGCCUGUCCGUCAGUCAGAACGUCCGUCAUGCCGUCCGCUGCCACACCUGUAAGACCCUCCCCAUCACCGGACUCAGGUAUCGCUGCAUGAAGUGUGUGAAAGUCCACGUGUGUCAGAGCUGCUUCCUGACAGACAGACAGACGAGGAAACACAAAACUCACCAUCCAGUGCUCGAGUUCUGCACACAGCCCACCUGGAGAGAGUCUCUGUCCUUGUUAGUGCACAGUGCUCGUCACGCCCUGUUCCCAUGGCGUUACACUCAGAGAGAGGCCCACAGUAGGAGGGGCCUGAUGUGGGUGGAGCCAGGGGAGACUCCAGACAGUGCUCCGCCCCCCUCUGAUGCCUCAACACGAUUGGCUGCCUCAGCUGUCAGUCACAGUCCCUCCUCUGACAAAGACACGCCCACUCAGCAGCUGAAGGCGUCCGUUCUGCUGACUGAGGUCAGAAACCUGCAGAGAGACAAAUGGCUGAUGGAGCAGGAGCUGCAGGUUUGGAGGCUCACCAUCCAAUCAGAACAGAGCAUCCUGGAGAACAGGUGCUCUGAGAUGGAGGAUACCAUGGAAACGCUGAGAGAACACAACCUCCGUCUGCAGCAAUCACUCCCACAGAUGGAGGUUCAACAACAAGCUAACAACAUGCUACAAAACGUAGAGACAGAGGACAUAGAGGACAUAGAGGAGAUAGUUGACACAGAGGACAGGGAGGAUAUAGAGGACCGGGAGGAUAUAGAGGACAGGGAGGAUAUAGAGGACACAGAUGACCGGGAGGACACAGAGGACAGGGAGGAUAUAGAGGACAGGGAGGACACGGAGGACACAGAGGAUACAGAGGACAUAGAAAACUUUCCACCAACAUCUGACAAGCAAAGAAACACAGAAGACGAGGAAGACAAGGAGGAAGUGUUGCUGAAGACAGAAGACGAGUGGAGCGAGGUAGAACUACAAACUCUAUCUCCCACAAUGCACCAGGAUACACCUCUGUCACAUGACAUCUACUAUGAAGAAGACACUGCAGGUGACUGGCUGGUCUGUUGUCCAAUAGGACAACAGGAUGGAUCACAGGAAGAGGAAACCUGUCUGUCUGAAGAAGAGGAUUGUGGGAUGUGUAGUCCAGAGGAGCUGCUGCGGGAGACUGUAGAGAGACUGAAGACUGUGAUGGAGACAGACAGGUGGAGAGAGAGACAGACAGGUGAGAGGAAGAGGGCGGAGCUUCUGCAGGCUGCAGACCAGGUGGGCAACUCGAUACACCACCUGGUGGACGCUGUGAGAACUGACACACACUGACGACUCGUAUUCAGGUUAUAAAAGUUGUUUAUUAAACAUUAACGUAUUGAUAAUUAAAUAAACAGAGUGUAAAGGUAUAAAAAGAAUCAAACCACAGUACCUGAAGAAAAGGCAGGUGUCACCUGACCAGGUUUGUUUAGUGUCACAGAAACAAACAGCUGCCAACAUCAUAAUAAAAUAAUUUCAUCAAAUUACAGUUUCAUUUUCUAUUUGUGUGCAUAUUUAAAUUAUCAUGAUUUAUUACAAUUUAAAUUCCAAAUAUAUGCUUUUUUAUUUUUAUGAAUUUAUGAAAUAAAAAAAUAUAAAUCAUAAUUAACUUUCUGCACACAAAUGUAAAAUAACAUUUUCAUAUUGAUCAGAUGAUUUCAUUCUAAUAUUGACUUCAAUAAACUCCAGCAGUUUAUGAAUGAGGCUGGUACCUGAACAGGUGUCCUGCUACCUGAACAGGUGUCCUGCUACCUCCGUCCCCUCUCGUAGCCCUGCCCCCUGCGGCUCCUACCCCGGCCCGUAGAACGUAGGCCUUCUCUCCUGGGCUGGGGAGGGAUGGUUUUAGCCCUGGUUCUUGUCUUGGAGGGUGGGGGGUGUGUCCUGUCCCUCCUCCCCCUCCGCCCCCGCACUGGGGGCAGGGCUUGAGAGGUCCUGCUCCGCCUCCUGACUGUGUCUUGUGCUGAGUCCCUGUCAGCGUUCAGGUCCAGACUGAGACUUCUGAACAGCUGACGGACACAUGGGGGGGGGCGGGCUGGAGGGGGCGGAGCCUCUCGGGGGGUUCUUCAGGAUGCGGUUGCUGCUCGGCUCGUAGAACCUGACAGGAAGCUGUUUGUAUUUCACCUUUAACCCCUGCACAUCCAACGGACGCCUCUUCUUCCUGCAGCGCUUGAGGGCGGAGCCUGGUGCAGGUGUGUAGGAGGGGGCGGGGCCUGAGGGGGAGCAGAGCAGGUAGACCAGAGAGGUGCGAGGCUGCACAGGUGUGAUGAUGUUUGAGUACGACGGAGGGAGGCAGCUCCACGUCUCAGGAGUCCUCUCUGCUGCGUCCUGAUUGGCUGGAGAGACGCUAGUGGGCGGGGCCUCCGAAGAUGGUUCACAGACAGCUGGGACGACCAAUCGGAUCGUCUGAGUGCUGUGACUGACUUUAACAACCUGAAGGAACAAACACAGGUGAUGAAGACGUUAACUUACAACAAACACUGACAGAAAACGUUCUCACCUGACACCUGGACGCCACUCUGAAGGCCCGCCUCUUUCUCCUCCUGCUCCUAACGUACAUUGAGUCAUUGUCAUCACCGUCCAAUAAUGGCAGGACACCAAUGGCUGGCUCCGCCUCCUUGUUCUCACCACCUCCUUUGUUUUGGCUCCUCCUACCGUACCUGACAAGUUAGGUAUGUUACAAAAAGGUACAUCAGUACAGGUGAGUCUAUAUAAUACAUCAGUACAGGUGAGUCAAUAAAAUACCUGGCCAGAGACUCGGUGUCGAAGUAGCAGAUGAAUCUCCCCCGUCUGAACUGUCGGACCAGUUUCUCCACCUUCCCCUCGUCGUCCUGCUCAAUCUGGGUCCAGGUCUUCCCCCUGAAGGAUUCUGGUAUAUGUUCUGGAGCAGGUAAGACCUCCUCUAUCGGCAGACUCCAGAAGCCCUGGUCCUGCCUGGCCUCACUGUGGAGGGCGGAGUCUAGCUGGUAGGAGUACACCUGGUCCUCCAGGUCCACCUGAACGUCCAUCAGACCGCUCAGGUCCUGCCCCCCCACCUGGGUCACCUGGACAGGUGUGUCCCCGAGUGUUUGUCGUCUCUGUGAAACCAGAACCAACAGAAAACAAUGUAAUCCAUCACAGCCUCACCUCCUCCAACCUCCUCCAGCAGGACGACGGUUACCUGUACAGGUGAGUCCCAGUCGUCACUCUGUGUUUCGAUGGAGACGGGGAGGCUGAAGUGGAAGCUCUCCGUCUCCUCCUGCUGGAAGGGAGCGGAACUGACACCAUGACAACACACCUGGAUCACCUGAGAACAGAAACAUGUGAUUAACUUUGAGGAUCAGCUGACGAUGAAGAUCCGAUAGAAACAGACGAACCUCCUCGAUGGUCCGGUCCAGAGAGUCGCUGUGGUCCGAGGAGAACGCCUCCUCUUUGUGGGCCUCCCUCCUCUCCUUCUGCCAGCUCCACCAGGGCAUGGACUCUGUGGGGGGCCGGGGACCAGGGUCUGGACCGGGAUCAGGGUCUGGACUGGGACCAGGGUCUGGACUGGGACCAGAGUCUGGACGGGGACCAGGGUCUGGACUCCGGUGGGGCGGUGAUGAGGUCGAGGAGGUGCUGGUUUUCCUCCUGUUGGUCUUCCUGUGGGCCUUCCUGUGGACUGAGGGCGGGGCCUGACGGUGUGGGGGCGGGGCCUGAACCUGUGACAACAGUGUGUUCCCUGUGGUGAUGAUCUCUCCGUCUUCCUGCUCUCUGAUUGGCUCAGACAGCCUCUCCUGACUCCCAAACACUGUGAAUCCCUCUCCUGAUUGGCUGUGUGUGCAGUCGUCUUCCUUCUGAUUGGCCGGCUGGCAGGAGGCGUGGUCAGAGCUGGACAGGUGCUCACGAGUGCCCAGCGACCGCCUGUCGUCGUCGUCAGGCAAACAGAGUUUGUCAAGCUCCGCCCUCGGCAACAGAGGGGUGGAGACUGAUGGGAGGUCAGCGUGAGAUGGCCUGAAACAAACAAAUAAACAAACUCUGAAGAUAAGACAAAAUCACACCUGUAGACAGGUAACACACAGGUGUUUGUUUUAGUUACCUGGGGUUGUUGUAGCGGUGCGGCUGUGUUUGUUUUAGUUACCUGGGGUCGUUGUAGAUGUGCGGGUGUGUUUGUUUUAGUUACCUGGAGUCGUUGUAGAUGUGUGGGUGUGUUUGUUUUAGUUACCUGGAGUCGUUGUAGCGGUGCGGGUGGUGCUGCAGGACAUCCUGCAGGAAGCGCUCCAGCAGAGUUAGUUUGGUUCUGCUGCUGGAGGAGGAGGAGACAGUGCUGGAUCCUCGGGAGGACGCCCGGACAGAAUCCAUGUGUCUGAGACUGGACAGGUGCUGAGAGAAGACGGUAUGAUGUCAUUAAAUCUGAUUUACCUGCUCAGGUCACAUGACUGCAACUCAGAUUCAGGUGUACACAUGAAGACUGUGUGAGGUGCACCUGGUCCAGGUUGCUGUAGAGGACUCUGCAGUACCCACAGUAACCCUGUCUGCUGGGCUGACACCUGGACGGACCCGGCUGAGACUCCGCCCACAUCCUGUCAGACAGAGAGAGGGGGGGAAAAACCUCAAGCAUUCAGUAUUUGAAGUACUACUUUAUAUACUACAACUUAAAUUCAAACGCCAGCUUAAUGUGUGAAGUUUAUUCUUUAAAUUAAGUCAGGAUGUUUUUGACCUUUUCCCUCCAGACCAGCAGGGGGCAGUAACACAGGUGUGUUAGAGGUCUUUAUGGGAUAAAAAAAACCUGUGAACUCAGGUGUGUGUUUGGACGAUGGAGGAGAAACAGCAUCAACCUCACCCGUCUACAGAGAGCACCUGUCUCAGGUUGGUGUUACAAUAUAAUGCAGAGACAAAACUGAGGAGUUUAAUGAGCAAAUAAAGCGUCAAAUGUUGUGAUUUUUGUAAAAUAGGUAGACUCACCUGCUGGUGGACUCCACCUUCCUCUGGUCACCUGACACACACACACACACACACACACGCACACAGUAUAGUGUCGUGAAUGAAAUAUAAAACAAAAUAUAAGGGUGUGUUUGAUUUGUUUACCUUCAUCACAGUCUGACAUCCUGUUGAUUGGAAAUCUGAAACAUGUAUUAUAUAUUUAUAUUAAUUAUAAGUUACUAGAAUAAUUCGUUUUAGCUGCAUUAAUUGUUACUGAGGUCGCACCUGGAGGCAGUGCAGUCAGUGAGUCGUCCAUCCAAUCAGAGCGCUCCAUGCUGUAACCAACGGUAACCAGGUGAGAGUUUCAGGUGGAGAGUCCAUGAGCUUGAAAAUAUAAUAUUACCAACUCAGCUUCAACUAAAUUCAUGAGUGAAACUAUUAGAAAGCACCAAACAUUAAUUUUAGGACGGACGUAAAUUAUUAUACAGUGAUUGUCUGUAUGCAUUUAAUAAGAUUUAGUAUAAAGGCUGUGACUAUAUAUUAAAUAUAAUCGAUAUAUUGAUUAUAGAAAGUCUUUAAUUAUUAAACUUAUCAGUCAAAAAUAUAAAAUAUUUCAGCUGAGUGACGUCUAUUUAUUAUAAAUGUAUAUAAAAUCAACUAUGACUUAUAUUAAUGUUAGAAUCAGAGCGCAGCUGUAGCUCCGCUCUGAUUGGCUGACCGCGUGGAGCUAGCUAGCUGCAGGGCUAACAACGUUAGCGGUUAGCUGUGUUACACUAAAGCUCAUUGGUCAGUUGGAGUCAAUGACGCAGAUAUAGUUAGUCGAUCAGCUGGUCUACCUGAAGCCGUUUGUUUACUUUCGCAGAGAUUGAAGUAUUAUUCCGUCACGCGCUGCUCUUCCGCGCUGUUUAGUUUCUGGUCUGGCUCUUCUUCUGCUGCUACAUUGCAGGCAGAAUCUGGACGGUGCUGCCGACAGGCCAGAGGGAGAAUUACACGUCAUUGACUGAAGCUUAGAACAUUAUAAACUAAAGUAAUGUUUUAUACUUCAAUGAGAUUCUUAAAAAUACAACCAAUACAGUGUUCUGUACACUUAAUACUGUCAUAGUGUAUUUAUACCCUUAUUCUGUCAUUUAUUUCAUUGCCUCAGUACUUUUAUAAAAUAAUGCAAAUCUUUGUACAGCUGAAAACAACUCAGUCAGGUAUUUUCUUUAAUUUGACAUCACAAAUAUCAGCUGCUGUAGCUCCUCCCACUUAAUAAAAACACACAAGUCAGUUUUGUGUCGAAGUGCUUUUUAUUAUUAACGUUUUGUUUUCAGAUCUUGUUGAAAGCAGCGACGUCCAUCGACUGAACGAAGUCCUCAAAGGCCGAGAUGUGUUCCUCCAGAAUGUCUGUGCCCACCUGAGACACAGGUAAACAUACACACAUGUAAACACCUGCAUACAGGUAAUAACUGGGAGACAACCGGAUGUGCAGGUGAACCCGUCUCACCUUGUCGUCUUCCACCACACAUCCGAUCUGCAGCUUCUUGAUGCCGUAACCCACUGGGACCAGUUUGGCUAAAGGACAACAAAUAUUUAUAUUGAUUAUUAUGCAUCAGUGGGGCUGUAAUCAAUUAAAUAUAUAGAUUAUGUAUCAGUGUUUGUUUCUCUGCAGAGGUUUCAGAUCAUGUUGUGACAUCACACGUUCAGUUGAAAGAUGGUGAGUUUGAUCAUCAUCAAGUCUGCAGAGACUCAGUUUAUGAUCAGUAACUGAUCCACUAGAAGAUUUAAGAAACUUAAGACUAGCUCUACAUGUAGUACUGUGUGUAGUAUUAAUGUAGUACUGUGUGUAGUAUUCUUACACUGUCCCCAGAUCAGCCCGUCCAUCUGAAUACUACGAACACAUUCCUCCAGCUUCGACAUGUCCGUCUCAUCGUCCCACGGCUUCACGUCCAAUAGGAUCGAAGACUUGGCGAUGAGGGUGGGCUCUAAAGAGGAAGAGGUCAGUUACCAUGGAAACCAGUCUGAACAUGUGAUCACAGAAGUCAGGAGACUCUCAGGUAAACAAAAAGGUGUCCAUCAGGUAGUCAGCCGAAAGAUGGUGAUUGUGAUCAUCAUGAAGAGUCGUGGGAUCAAUACUGUGAUUGGUUGAGACUGGCUGUCACUCACUCUUUGACUUCUUAGCAGCGUAUUGAGCCAGACGUUCCUCCUUCAGCCGGGCUGCGUCCGCGUCCUCCUGCAGGACCAAACACAGGGAACGUUAAACCCAGGAGAUAUCAUAUAUUUUAGAUCAACUGAACGAGGUCAUCGAUGAUAUCACGGUGAGGUCACCUCUUCGUCGGAGCCGAACAGGUCGAUGUCAUCAUCGUCGUCGUCGUCCUUGGCUGCGGGGGCGGAGCCAGAGGUGGUGUCGGCAACACCUGGGGGGCCGUACUGACCCAGAGGCUUCUUCACACCUGGGAGACUGACAGGAGGAGGAGGAGGAGGCGGAGUCACUGAUGAUGUCACACACCUGUGUGUACACACCUGUCGAUGACGUCGCCACCCUCACCUGCUCUUCUGGCUCUGGUACGACUUGAUGUGGUUGAACCAGCGGAGGGCGUGGCUUAGGUCAGUGGUGGGCGGAGCCGGGAUCGCCUCGAAGACGGCCACGUCGGCUUGAGAGGGGACAUACCUGAGGACAGGGAGACAGGUAGGUUAGAGAGAGAGACACCGGUAGGGUUAGAGAGAGACGGGUGUUGUAAAGAGACGUUAGACGACACUGCCCCUUUAAGAAAGAUGGACGUCAACAGGAAGCAUGUCAAGUUUCUUUUCCAAUUCACGUUUUAGCCCAAAAUCACUUCCUGUUAGCACGUGUUUAGCCUGAUAAUCAUGAAUACAUGGAAAUAUGGAUCAGUGAGACAUUAAGAGUCUUUUCAUUGCUUUAACUUAUUAAACUUCAUGUGACACGUAGCAUUAGUGAGCUAGUUAGCACCAUGUGGCUCAAUGCUAACAAAGCAGCAAACACAUAAUGACAAUAAACUAAAACGGAUCUUUAACUCUUAACAGUUAACUCUCAUACAGACGACCCGCGACUUUAAAUGCGUAAUGUCGGUUUAAUUUAACACAUUUCAGUGAUUUAAAGGCCGCUAACGGACCGUCAGCUAAUGAUGCCAACUGUUAGCAGUUGAGCCAAGAUGGCGGCCGACCAGCAGCUGCCAGCGUCUCUCUGCAGAACUAGAUCCCUCUUAGUUUCUACUGGUUCCUACCGGUCUGUAAUGGUCUCUACUGGUCUCUACUGACCCCUCGAUGUAGCUCCGGUCCGAUAAGAACCCGUUCAGAACUUUGAGUCCAGACGCAGAUUUCAAGUCACCGAAGCCCAUGAUGACGAUGAUGAGGAGGGAGGAAGGAGCCGUCGGAGGAGCAAGAGAAGGAGGGAGGAGACGGGAAGGAGCCGACUUUAUACCCGGAGAUAGACUCCUCCUCACCGGACACAGCUCCUCCUCCUCACCGCUGAGUCUGGAGGAGGAGUAGGAAGAAAGGGGGGGGGGAUGUGACUCAACCUGCCUCUGAUACAAAAAUGUAGUCCGACCUGUCACUCUGUCACAUGACCUGCUCUCAUUGGACGCGGCCCUCCUAUGGGCCGACAGCUUCACUGAACCUGAACACAUCUGAAAGAUGUUAGACAGGUGAGUUUAGUCAGACUCAGAGCAGUCAGUCAGAAGGUCGACGUUACUCUGAUUUUAUUCCACCAGAAGAAGAAGACAGAAGAGCGAUGGGUCAGACUCACAGCCCCACCUCUCCUCAGGUGGUCCUGAUGGGUUUGGACUCGGCAGGAAAGUCGACUCUAUUGGCCAGACUGCUGACAGGACAGGUGAGUCUCAACAGGUUAAUCUCAAGGUGUCUCACCUGUGAAAGUUAACUUGUGAAUAUCAGUGUCCAGGUGUAUAUAUUGUCAUGUCCAGGUGUGAAUAUCCAGGGCCCCGUUCCUCGUACGUGGUUCAACUAAGUCGAUCAAAUGUCCUAUUAGCAGCCUAAAUUAACCCGAUGAUUGAAGUCAGGCUAUCUCGGUUUCUCCAAGGCUGAUCCUCUCAAACAAUUUCGUUAAUUCGAACCAGACUUCAGUAAUCACGAUAAUUGCGCGUGCCCGUCCUACUUCAAAAGGGGGAAGCGUCGAUCACCGAAACCAUGAUUUUCUAACAGUACAA